AUGCUGCAAAACCACACCCUCCUCUCCACCUUCUUCUUCUUCACACUCUUCUCUCUUUCUCUCUCCAACCCAACCCCAAACGACACUCUUCCCUUGCUCGCAUUCAAAGCCUCGUCAGACCGCUCCAACUCCCUCGCCUCCUGGUCCCAAUCCACCGACCCCUGUGCAGGGUCAUGGCUCGGCGUCACCUGCGACCCGAAAACCCGUCGGGUCACCAAGCUUGUCCUCGAGAAUCUCAACCUCACCGGUCCCAUUCAACCCCUCACCGCACUCGACCGCCUCAAGCUCCUCAGCCUCAACCAUAACCUCCUCUCCUCUUCUCUCAACUUCUCCUCCUGGCCCCACCUCAACCACCUCUACCUCUCCCACAACAACUUCACCGGCGCAAUUCCCGCCGCCAUUUCCGGCCUCCGCAAACUCCGCCGGAUUGAUCUCUCCCACAACCAGCUCUCCGGCGAAAUACCGUUUGCCGAGUUGACUCGGCUGUCUAAACUAUUAACUCUGCGGCUCGAGUCCAACUCGCUCACCGGCUUCGGCGACGCGUCGUCUGCUCCGUUCACCGAUUUCAAUGUCUCCAACAACGACCUCGCCGGAAAAAUCCCUCGGUUUCUGGAGAAGUUCGGUGCGGCGUCGUUUACGGGAAACGCGCGGCUGUGCGGAAAGCCGCUGCCGCACGACUGCCCCAUUCCGACGGCCGUCAAGCCGCCGUCACUAGCGCCACCACCGGAAGCCAAGCCCCACUCGGAACACGUCGUUCUGAUCAGCGUCAGCGUCGCGCUUGGGCUCAUGGUGAUCGCCGGCGCCGUCGUGCGGUGGCGGAAGCGGAAGAAGAAGAGCAGCAGCAGCAGCAGCGGAGCUCUUGUUGUCAGCGUCGGCGGCGGGAAGCCCAAGGCGGCGGCUAACGGAUACAGUUACGUGAAAAGGCACUACGGGUCCCGGGAAUUGAAAUCUGGCGGGUCCCACAGAUACCAUUAUGGGCCUGGUGGGCCGAACGGGCCGAGGGAAAGCGAAGAGAUGGUGGUGCUGGAGGGAUGCAACCCCGGUGUCGGUAAAGUCGACGAUGUGCUAAAUGCGUCGGCGGAGCUGCUGGGGAAGGGGACUGUGGGGGCCACUUACAAGAUCAUGAUGAACGGCUGGGAUGAUGUGGCGGUGGUGAAGAGGGUGAGGGAGAGGAAGGUUCACGGCAAGGAAGUGGAGGCGUGGUUGAGAAUCAUCGGCGAGUUGAAGCACGGCAACAUUGCGAGGCUGAGAGCUUACCACAGCUCCAACUACGAGCUUCUUUUAGUGUAUGAUUUUUAUGCCAAUGGAAGUCUGCAUUCUCUUCUGCACGGGUUUCGAGGACCGGGGAGGGCGCGGUUGGAUUGGAGCACAAGGCUGAAGCUAGCAUUGGGCUGUGCCGAAGGACUCGCCUUCAUCCACGGCUCCGGCAAGGGGAAGAUGUACCAUGGUAACCUCAAGUCGUGCAAUGUGUUGAUAGAUGACAUGGGGAAUGCUUGUGUUGCUGACAUUGGCCUAAAACAGCUCUUGGUUGGUCAGAGUUCGUCUUAUGAUACCUACAGUGCGCCGGAGUUGAUCAUGCCGAGUAGUUUUAGUCCCAACAAGUACACUCGCAAGUGCGAUGUGUAUAGCUUUGGGGUGGUUUUGAUGGAGAUUUUGACGGGGCGGAUGGCGGGGGAGGAAGGAGAAAUGAGCUUGGUGGAGUGGGUUAACUUGGCGGUGAAGAAAGAGUGCGGUACAUGGGAGGUUUUUGAUUUCGAGCUGUCGAGUGACAAGGAGAUGGAGGAGGAAAUGUGGGCGCUUUUCCAGGUUGGUUUGAUUUGCGUGGCUGCGCAGCCAAAAGAUCGUCCAACGAUGAACAUGGUGCGCAAUAUGAUCGAGGACAUUAGGAAGAAGGGUGUUAGAGAAGAUGGGACUGUGUCUAUUCUAGAUGACAUUUCUUUUGGUACUUCUUCUCCUUCACAGAGCACACCCUGA